AUGGAGGCUAACCCGUUCUCGAUUGAUAGCAUUUUAAAGAAAACCAGCUCUUCGCCCAAUGUAGAGGAAGAGGUGAAGGAGGCACAACCUUCGAAAUCAUCCGAGGCACUGUCGCUAGCUGUAAAGCUGGCUGGUAAGUUUAAGUUAAUUUAUGUUUAAGGUUGGGAAAGGUUAAAGGUUUUAAUAAUCUAGUGCUAUAAGUGACUUUCUUGAAAGGAAGCAAUUUAAACUGUACAUGAAUGAAAUGGUUUUAAUCUUCGGCUUAGAAACUACUAACCCUAAGCAUACAUUGGAAACCCGAUUUAUAUUGAACGACGUUUUUGGCCCCGAUGAUAUCAGAGUCUAUUCAGGUGUAUUGGACACGAUCCCAAUAUUAAGGGUCCCCGUAAUAAAAAAUGCAUUUUAACAGUACCCUGGGAUUUCACUGUACAGUGCAACCUCGAUAUUACGAACCUCUAUAAUUUCUAAGUCCUCGGUAUAACGAAUGAUUUUCUUUACCCCAGUAAUAGUAAAGUAUAUGAAAAAUACCCUCGAUAUAACGAAACCUCGAUAUAGCGAACAAAUUUGGCCCUUCGUUAUAUCGAGGUUCCACAGCAGCUGUUUGAAUUAAAAUAAGCCUACGUAAACUUGAAGGAACGCUGGCUUAAGUUAUACUCAAGAAAGACAAGUAAGUAUGCUAUGGCCUGGUCCUUUCUCAGCAUUAAGAUUUCACUUUAUUUUUGAAAGUCCACUUUUAAAGCAAAUUUGUUUCAUCGGAUGUUAAUAUUGACCCUUUCUAUUAACCAAUCUUGUUUAGACAGCUAAGGUGAUAGUAUGGUUUCAACUGCAAAGUUAACGUAAACAAGAUAACAAGGAGUGAAGAGGUGUUCCUUUCAAAAAAGGUUUUUAUCCAAGUUCUUAAGGGCCAUAACGAGACGAGGGGUAAGACCUUCACAAAAAAUAACGAGUACACGCCGAGUAUCUUGAAAAGAACCCCUCAAAAUAUCCUUUCAGUUGAUAUUGAAAUCGCAGUAUAAAUUUAUCACUAGGGCUUUGUGAAAGCACAUGGGUUUUGCUUUCAAAAAGGAGCGACAAUUACAUGCGAUGGAAAUCAAUCUCCUCUGGGCUCCAACUCCACGAAGAUAACAAACACUGAUUUUAAGUGACUAGUUUGCCAACUGGGGCAUGAUGACUAAGAAAAUUGAAAACUUUAAAAGAAAAGAAGAAGAAGAAGAAGAAAAAAAAAUGAUCCACAUAAACUUCAGUAAAUUUUACCGUUUCGAUAUUUACGUGACCUUUCGCUAAUCGUUACUUAUCAAACUAGCGAAAGGCUUUUCUGCUAACCAAGUUGGCGCCGACAAGAGAUACCUGAGAUCUCGGUAAAAACAACAACAAUAACGACACAAUUCGGUGAUCUAUGAAAAACUGUUUCUUUUAUGUGGUAUUUGGAAAGAGGAGAUCUUCUCGAACGCUGUUCAGCAAUUAAUUUUACGUAAUUAAGAUAAUACAAACCUUUUUCACUAUUGCACAUUGCACCCAUUGAAGGUAAUCCCUUUAGCUUUGUCAGGUGUUAGAAAUUAGUAGUAAGUGUUGUUUUAAUUAAUUUAUUUUAUCAGCCACCUUUCUGUCAUAAUCUGCGUGCGUGGGUAGGGCGCCUUUUUCUCUCUUCAGCUCUUCUCUUUUUGCGCUUCAUCAAACUAAUUUCACAUUUACGUUGAAUUUGAACACAAUAUUUGCUCCUAUUCUCUUUUUUAAUUCUUCUGUAACAGAAAAAUCUUGAUAAAAUGGCAGAAAAUGGAAGCGCCUGGAGCAACUCUUCGAUGUUUUGUACAUAAAAUUAUAAUUGUCAGAGUAUUCUCAAUGUAUUUUUAGACCAGGUCUCUAACUCUGACAUCGAUACCCAUACCCGCCUUAGGCUCGAUUACCAGCCGCUGUUCGGGAAAAUGAGCCAGCACUCAUCCCCCGAUCAAAGACCGGACCCGGGAGACGGCGGAAAUCGAGCCUAUACCCGCCUCUCCCUUAAACAAAAUCAGGGACGAAAGAGGGCGGCUGUAUGAACCCAUACCAAAAAUACGAAGAGAAGUGCACCCUUGUAUGGCUUUUCAGAGGGGAGAUACAUCCCCCAGACGUGUGCUCGCGGCUUUAAGCCAUUAAUCAGGCAUAUUUUUUAUAUCACUUGAAGAGUAUAUUCUAAAUGUAAGAAAACGGACAGCGGAGCUUUCAAAAUACCAUUCCUUUCCCUCAAUAUUUGUGACGAAGCUUCAAGACGCACAGACAAGUUUUCUCGUUAACUCGAAAAGCUGUGUUUCACAUGUUGAAAGAAGAAACGAAACUUGCCAAAAGGAAAGUGUUAUUACAUAACUUAGAACUUGUUUGCAAAAGCGGUGAAAGGUAAACUAAGAAAUUGAACAAAGGCCCAUUCUUUUAAAAAGCCAUAUUAUCAACUAUACUGAUCUGAUAGGCGAUACCUACGUAUUCUCUCUGUCGGUAGGAAUUUGGAAAUGAAAACAAUUUAAUCUUACGCACACGUCGUAAGCCUUAACAUAAACUGGCUAAAUGGCUGCUGAUGGAUACAACUUGUUAUAAAUCAUACUUCACAGAGGCUCGAUGAUGGAAGGAAUUUUUUUAGCUAAUACCUUAAUCCCUUGAUAUAAGAAUAGUUUAAAAAGGGUCCUUAAAGUUCAAGCUUGAUCCUUGACAAAUUACAGGUGUAUGUCGCUGAAGUUACCGAAACUUGGACGAUUUUUUUAUGCUGGCGAAGUUACGGCGCCCAAUUAACUUCUUGUAUCUUGCACCAUGGCACUGACCCGAAAGGCAGUGUCGAAGGAAUUUAGCAAAACUCGACUUCUUAUUACGCUAUUUUCAACAACCUUGGCUUACUUUUGAAUUAUCGCAGCGUACCUUGUUAGCCCUCGCAGUGCAUUCUUUUAUUUUCAUGUAGUUUCGGUGUUUAACUGGCUUACGCAGAAAUGUAGAUUGUUUUCGAAAACCUUGAUAAGAAAGGCGACGGGGACAUUAAGCUACAUUUAUCAAUCUCAAAUCGGAUUAGGGUUAAUUGAAUUACCAUGUGCUUAGCCCCUCCAUCUGUACCUUGCACAAUCCAAGUAACGAGGGUCACUUGCUCUUCUAGCUGUAUAAUUCUUCGUCAGUUGUUCGAAAACGCCCAGCGAAAAUCACUUAAGCUUAAUUCAUUUAAACUUUUCAAAACACCAGCUUAAAAGUUAAGGUCACCCAGACUUUCUUUGUGUUGUGUCUCUUAAAGCCGCCCUCAGGCUAUUCUUUCGAAGAUCAUUGCCGGCUAUCCUCUCAAGCAGGAAAGGCCGGUGUUGGAAACUCAGAAGCUGGGCGCGUUAGAGGAAUGGUUUUCGUAAGCGGAGAGUUCAAACAGGGUUUUGUCGAGGUUGCCGUAAAUAGAGCUGUCCGCUUACUAGAGUGUCCAAUGAGAAAGUUUCGAUAGUAUUGGCAAACAGAUUACUGCUAUCUGAUAAAAUGAGUACCAAACUUAUACAGAGAAAAUGAAAGCUUAUCUUUGACUAGAACUUACCUUUUCGGUAGAUGUUAUCUUGGAAGCUCGCCAAGAGAAUACUCGCCGUACUCCACGACGUACGCGUACAGCCUUUACUCAUCAGCAGCUUGGAGUUCUGGAAAAAUCUUUCAGUAAAACACAUUAUCCGGAUGUAGAAUUAAGGGAACGACUUGCUGAAAAGACCAACCUGCAAAAAGGAAGGAUUCAGGUGAAUUAGCGUUGUGCGUUUAGAUGAUCCAGCGCAAAUUAUAAUAAUAUGACUUAUUAAUAAUGACUUUUAUAGGGGUGCCAAAUAACUGGUAGACAGGUAGCUUUCAUUGUUGCCGACAAAUAGGGACAGAAACAAAUAUUAGAAAAUAAACCGAUAAAAGAGAGUAAGAAUCCCAACUGGCCUGAGACAAACCACUUAGCUAUUUACAAGCGAGACUGAGGAGUUGAAGUCGGGACUACCGAGAACAAAUCCAGCAAGGGGGUAGGGCGGGGAUUGAACAUACUGUAGAAUGUUAACACUGAAAAUUAAAAAGAUCUGUUUCAGCCCUGCAGGCCAAAGUCUGAUUCAGCCCCUUUUGGAGCCAUUUGAGCACAGUUUAGACUAAAACAGCUCAAUCAAAAGGCUAUUCCAUCCCACGCUGGGGCCCAUUUCAGCCCUUGGGUCCAAAUCAACCCUUGGUAAUUAGACUGUAUUGGCCCUGAUUUAAGGGAGCCAAAUUAGACUAAAAAAUAUGACUGUAUUUUACUCACCGAAACAGCCCCAGUUCUUUUCGAUUUACAGUGUACUGCUUAAAUAGAUGUAAAAGUCUCCAGGAAAGGGGGAAUCGUGUGUCUGGGCCCCCAAAUAAGUCUUAAACAAGGGUUUAACAAAGAGGGCGAGAGACGUUAACUUUUAAGUUAACCCACUCUUAUCUGCGGAAGCACGCUACGGAUAGGUUGCUCCCUGAAAUUUUAGUUAACUCAUUAAACUUUUUACACCACAAACUUUCCAAUCACCGUAAACCUUAACUUAACUCUGUUCUUUAAAAAAUUACAUAUGUGACAUAAAGGAAACAACAAAAGUCACAUUAACUGCGGCAUAAAACGGUGUAGGACCACGCUGGCAAAUACAUACAAGGAAAACUCUUCCUGCUUCAAUUUGCAGGUUUGACUGAGAAACGCUGCAUCUUUUUUGCCGAAACGUUUCUCUAAUGAACAAAAAAAACAACUCUUUUUUAAGUGCGCGAUGAAAACAAGUUUUUAGUCAUAGUGACGCAACUAGAGGCGCUGCUGCGACCAUGCUUUGUAUCUUGAAAUUUAAAAAAGCAAUCUACUUGGGCAAAACACUAACAUUUAGUAUUACUACCGCUAAGUAAAACUUAGGGAAGUUCGAGUUAUAACUUUGUGAAGGUUCAUUAAAAAGGAGAGGAACGCUUGUUAAAUGUUAGGCACAUUUAAUUUCAAGUAUUUUUCCUCGUUGCGUUUAUAUCAGGUCUGGUUUAAGAACAGACGUGCCAAAUAUCGCAAGGAGACCAAGCGUUAUUUAUCACCAGAUAACCACGAAAACGAAGAGGAAGAGACUAUCGUUUGUCACGCACCUCAAAUUCAAGAACCCUCACCUUGUUUUCGGUGUAACACGACAGCUAUGCCAUACUAUUGCAACUACAGCGAUAUUUUGGAGCCUGCACUUAGACAUCGUGGAUUGCCCUCAGAAAUGCACACACAGUUUCCUACAUAUCAUGGACAGUUAGCACACAGUAACGGAUAUCACAGCUUGCCAUGCACCAAUAAUCAUGGAGUAAAUCAUGUACAUUUUGGACGUACAUGGACCAACUAA